UUCAUUCCACUGGUUGUCGUUAAACUAUAAAAACGAUUGCCACUUCCACCAGCAACUGCCUUCCACCCCUUUUCAGAUCUGCUCUUUUCUCUGGAAUUCCCUCUCCUUUCGACUCAGAUCUCACUCCUUGUUGCUUCACUCAAAAGGAGGAAAAUUUGAAAUUGAUUAUGGCUGUACGAAGACCUGGCGUAAUUGCUCUUUUUGAUGUCGAUGGCACGCUCACUGCUCCCAGGAAGGGGGCUACUCCUGAGAUGUUAGAGUUCAUGAGGAACCUUAGAAAGGUUGUAACCAUUGGCGUUGUUGGAGGUUCUGAUUUUGUUAAGAUAGCAGAGCAGCUUGGAAAAACAGUUACUGAUGACUAUGAUUACAUGUUUGCUGAGAAUGGCCUUGUUGCUUACAAGGAUGGAAAGUUAAUUGGAACACAGAGCUUGAAGACCUUUCUUGGAGAAGAAAAGCUCAAGGAACUGAUUAACUUUUCUCUCCACUACAUCGCUGACUUGGACAUCCCCAUUAAAAGGGGAACAUUUAUUGAAUUCCGAAAUGGGAUGCUUAAUGUCUCCCCCAUUGGAAGAAAUUGCAGUCAGGAAGAGCGAGAUGAGUUUGAAAAGUAUGAUAAGGUUCACAACAUUCGCCCCAAAAUGGUGUCAGUGCUCCGUGAGAAGUUUGCACAGUAUAACCUAACCUUUUCCAUAGGUGGACAAAUCAGUUUUGAUGUCUUCCCCCAAGGUUGGGAUAAAACAUAUUGCUUGAAAUACCUGGAAGAGUUUCAAGAAGUUCACUUCUUUGGAGACAAGACCUACAAGGGAGGAAAUGACUAUGAGAUAUAUGAGUCAGAGAGGACCAAUGGCCACACAGUUACUAGCCCUGAGGACACAUUAAGUCAGUGUACGAAACUCUUCCUGAGCUAGCAAGAUGGAUGGCCUCUGAUUUUUCCAACAUCUCAAAGUUCUGCUGUGAGCUAUUUGUGAUUCAUAGACAUCAGGAAAAAUCCAGAAUUUGAAGGUCUACCAUCUGAGAGUACAGAUUCUUCCUUUAACGGACAUUUAAAAUGAUGGGACUGAAUCCAUUCUUCUAAUAUAUAUAGAAAGGUUGUUGUUAUUUCGUAUUUAAUACAUUGUGUUUUCAAGACAUUGUACACUUUGUUGUAUGAGUGACCUCAUGCCCCCUGAUUUAUCGAAUGUUCAACUUGCUUAGUUCCCAUA